AUGUCGGAGAAGCCGUCACUGCUAUCGGCGACCCUGGCGUCCGGCUCGAGCCUCGUCCUGCUCCAGAUAUUCUCGCGCGGCCUCGUCCGCCUCGUAUCGCCGCAAGUCUUCGGGACGACCUCGAUCCAGUUCGAGCUGCUCCUCUCCACCAUCCUCUUUCUCUCGCGCGAGGGCGUCCGGAACGCGCUCCUCAGGGCGUCCUCCGACCCGGAAAAGGACGCGGACCGGAGCUCCGCGAGCCCGCUCGUCGCCAACAUAGCCCUCCUGCCCAUCCUGCUCGGGAUCCCCACCGCGGUCGGAUCGGCCUUCAUCUAUCUCGGGACCUCUUCGUCCUCGACGUCGUCCCAGCCGCACUUCCGCGCGAGCGUGGCGCUCUACGUCUUCGCGGCCCUGUCAGAGCUCCUCUCGGAACCCAUGUACAUCCGCACCCAAAACGAGCUGCGGUUCCACGUCCGCGUCCGCGCCGAAGGGGCCGCGGUGAUGCUGAAGACCAUCACCACCUUCGUCGUCCUUGUGGUCGCUCCCAAAGAUUGGAGUCUGGUGGCUUUCGCGCUAGGCCAGACUGCGUAUGGUCUAACCACGCUGGUGUCUUUCGUUGUGGCCUGCCGCGAAAAUCUCGAUUUCCGGCCGAGGAAGGUGGCCGUCGCUCGAGAAACGAUGUACUUCGACCCCGGACUGUUCAGUCUGUCGAUGGCGAUGACGGGUCAGUCGCUCAUCAAGCACUUUCUCACCGAAGGGGACAAGUUCCUCGUGUCACGGCUCAGCCCGCUGGCUGACCAGGGCGGGUACGCCGUCGCCGCGAACUACGGCUCCCUCGUCGCGCGAAUCGUGUUCCAACCCAUCGAAGAGACCGCGCGGGUAAUCCAAGGCGCAGCGGACGCCCCCACCGUCCAAGACAAGCAGGCCGCCGAGACCGCCGCCACGGUGCUGCUCACCCUCCUCCUCGCGUUCACGCACCUGCUCCUCUUGCUCGCGGCGUUCGGACCGCCGUAUCUCCCCCUCGCAGUGGGCCUCGCCCUCCCCCGGCGGUACCUGAGCACGUCCGCGCCCCAGAUCCUCAGCGUCUACGUGUACUACAUCCCCGCCAUGGCCUACAACGGCGUCCUCGAGGCGCUGCUCGCGUCCGCCGCGUCCCCAGCGGACCUCGCCGCGCACGCACGCGCCCUCACCCUCGGGGCCCCGCUCUUCCCCCUCGCCGCGGCCGCGCUCGCGCGGUACACCGAGCUCGGCGACGCGGGGCUCGUCUGGGCCAACGUCGCGAACCUCGCGCUGCGCGCGGCGUACGCGGCCCGCUUCGCCCGCCGCUUCUUCGCCGCGCGCGGCGUCGCCCUGUCCUGGUCCCGCGCCGUCCCCCCGCCCCCGGUGCUCGUGGCGUUCGCCGCCGCCGCCACCGUCGUGCGCGCGUACCCACACGAGGCGGUCGCGGGCAGCGGCGUCGCGGCGGUGUGGGCCGCGCGCGACCACGUCGGGGUCGGCGCGGCGUGCGUGCUCGCGUGUUUGCUGACAUGCGUCGUCCGCGAGCGGACGCAGGUCGUGCAGCUGGUCGGAUCUCUGCGUCGCACGCGGUAG